UCAGCGCGCACCGCCCGCUCCGCCGGAGUUCCCGCCGGCGCAGUCGCCGUCGUCCGCCCCGGUGGACACGGUGGCCCACCUAGCUGCGGGAUCCAGAGCAGCGCGCGACGAAGUGUUGUUAAAAGUGGUGAGAGUAAAAUUACGCGGUCCGUCCGGAGUUGAACUUAUAACGCAUGCCUUACUGGACGAUGGCGCCUCGGUGUCAGUGAUAGACGCAAACCUAGCCGACCAGUUAAGCCUAGUGGCUAGCGAAUCUAGUGCGGUAAGAUUCGUCGACGCAUUCGGUAUAGAAGUGUAUCAGGCGGACACGCCUAAGGUUACGGCGGACAUUAGCAGUACAGAUAGUAAUCAUUUUUAUAAUUGUAAAAUUCAAUUUCGUAAAGUUUCAAAGCUUAAUUUACCUAUGCAAAAUUUGUCUGUUAUAAAUAACAUUAACUGUAAACAUUUAACAUGUAUAAAGGGCUAUGUCUGUAAAGAAAAUGUAAUUCCGAAAUUGUUAAUAGGCGAAGAUAAUUAUCAUGUUAUUGCACCAUUACAAAUAAUUUGUGGCAGCAAAAAUGAACCUUAUGCAACUCGAUGCAAGUUAGGUUGGUCUAUUCACGGCUACAGCGGUCGCACUCACACUCCCGCCACGCGUAGUAUCUUCUAUCUCGCUCACUCCGACGGCGAGGUGCUUAACGAUUUAAUAACAAAAUCUUUCGCCAUAGAUUCGAUUGGAAUAUCGCCGUUACGCCGUGAGAAUAAAGAUCACAUUCGUGCGGUUGAUAUUUUAGAUAAAUCUUUUCGUAAAGUAAAUGAACAAUACGAAGUUUGUUUACCAUUUAAGAGUGACGAAUUUAUUUUGCCUGAUUCCUACGAUAAUGCUUUGUCUCGAAUGAUUUCAUUAAACAAAAAGUUUAACAACAAUAGGGAUUAUGCUAACAGGUACAGCAGAGAGAUUAAAAAAUUUUUCGACGAAGGUUAUGCGAGGGAAAUUAAAGGCAGCGAGCAGUCAUCGGGUCCCGACUUAUAUAAUUCUUUGUUUGGAAUAAUGUUGCGGUUCCGCACACAUCCAGUGGUUAUCAUCGGCGACAUAAAGGAUAUGUUUUUACGUAUAAAGAUAAGCCCUGAUAAUCAACAUGUCUUUCGUUUCUUAUGGAAGGACCCCGAUGCUGGCGACGAUGCUCCGAUCAAGGUUUGUGUUAUGCAGUGUUUAAUAUUUGGCGCGACGUGCUCACCGUUUAUAGCUCAAUAUGUCAAAAAUAAAAAUGCAUCCAUGUACGAAGAUUUAUAUCCAGAGGCAGUUAAAGUUAUUUUAAAUAAUCAUUACAUGGACGAUUGUUUACAUUCAACGACUUCUAUAGGUGAGGCAAUUGAAUUAAUAAAAAAUAUUACUGAAAUUCACGGACACGCCGGCUUCAACAUGCGCAGUUGGACGAGCAACAGUAAACAGGUAAUAGAUUGUUUACCCAAUGAGUCAUUAGCUAACAGCGCGAUUCAACUUAAAGACGGCGCCACAGAUGUAGUCGAGCGCACAUUAGGAUUGAUGUGGCAUCCCUCAGAUGACACAUUUUUAUUUAACAUUUCAUUUAACCGCUUAUCGGAUAACGUACUUAAUGGUAGUGAACCACCAACCAAAGCCAAGAUGUUAAGUUUAAUUAUGUCUGUAUAUGACAUGCAAGGAUUUAUAACGCCUAUAACAAUAAAGGGUAAAAUAAUUUUACAAAAUGUACAUAGGAGUGGAGUAGGCUGGAAUUGCCCUAUCCACAUAAAAGAUUAUGAAUGUUUUUUAAAAUGGCUUAACGAUUUAAAAGUAUUAGCACAACUUCGUAUCCCGCGUUGGUACAACAACACAGGUACGUGGUCUGAUUGUUAUCCCCAAACAGAAUCAGGUGAUCCUGAUCGAAUAAUCAACACCGAGAUGCAUAUAUUUUGCGAUGCCUCAUUGAAGGCAUAUGCAGCUGUUGUUUAUUGGCGAUUUAUUCGCACGGAUGGUAAGGUGUUUGUUUGUUUUGUUACAAGCAAAAGUCGAGUGAGCCCGUUACGACCGUUGUCCGUACCCCGGUUGGAACUCCAAGCAGCACUGCUAGCUGCACGUUUGGCGAGCACGGUCCGGACGGAGCACACCGACAUCACACCGACUAGACGGUAUUUUUGGACAGAUUCUAAAACUGUCCUGCAAUGGAUCAGAAGCGAUCCACGUACGUUCAAACCAUACGUUGCCCACAGGUUGGGCGAGAUAGACGAGCUGACACGAGUCAUUGAAUGGAGGUACGUACCAACAGGCUUGAACGCAGCAGACGUUGCCACGCGUGAGGACGCACCACCGCUCACUAUUGACAACCAGUGGUUCCAGGGACCAGCAUACCUCCGACUUCCCGAGGUGAGUUGGCCCGCAGACCUAUGCAGCUCAGAAGAAAUAUACGACGAGGUAGCUUGCGAGCAACGUAGUGUUAACACUAUCAGUGCUAGCGCUCCAACUGACCUCGCUUCGUGUUUACCAGAUGAAGAAAGGUUCUCAUCCUGGAAACGAUUGCUCCGCUCGACAGCCCGAGUACUUAUGUUUGUAGAUAGAUGCCGCAGAAGAAACGUAACUUUUAAUGUAGAUCUUAUGUCAAGGGCAGAAGAACUAUUAUUAAAAAAAAUCCAGUCAGAUAGCUUUUCUUUGGAAAUUGAUUCUUUCAAGCAAAAGAAAAGUGUAUCUAAGAAUAGUCGCUUACUUAAAUUAACUCCGUAUUUGGAUGAACGGCACAUUUUACGUGUAGGAGGUCGAGUUGACAAGGCAGACGGGGUAAGUUACAACGCAUGUAGACCAGUCAUAGUUGAUGGUCGUCACAAGAUUACCCAACUGAUCGUCGAGGAUUAUCAUCGACGAGCCCUGCAUGGGGCGAACGAGAUGGUGGUUAACGAAAUCCGCCAGAAGUAUUGGGUAAUAAGGCUACGCCCCACAGUCCGCGGAGUCGCGGCACGUUGUCUGUUCUGCCGGCACAGACGAGCAGCGCCACAUGAGCAGCGCAUGGCAGACCUACCACAGGUACGUCCCCAGCACCACAGGCGUCCAUUUUCCUCAGCGGGCGUUGACUUUUUCGGACCGAUGGAGAUCACCUCAGGUAGAAAACGAGUUAAACAGUAUGGUGUCUUAUUUACUUGUCUAACUAUCAGAGCUGUGCACAUAGAAUUAUCCGAGAGCUUGUCAACCGAUGCGACCAUAAUGGCCCUACGGCGGAUGAUUGCACGCAGAGGUACCCCUGAGAUCUUGUACUCUGAUAAUGGAACGAACUUUAGAGGUGCAGAUGCCGAGCUUAAGCGCAGUCUCCAAGAGCUGAAUUUUGAUCGUCUUCAGGACGACGGUUUGGUAAGAGGUAUAAAAUGGCGUUUUAUUCCUCCAGGUGCUCCAGAAAUGGGUGGCGCCUGGGAGCGAUUGGUUCGCUCUGUCAAAACGGCAUUGAAGGUUGUACUCAAGGAACGAGCACCACAUUUCGACACUUUGUCUACUCUGAUGUGCGAAGUGGAAGCUUUAAUCAAUAGCCGACCCAUAACUCAUGUUUCCACAGAUCCUAAUUACCCAGAAGCUUUAACUCCUAACCAUUUUCUAAUAGGUACAUCGUCGAGUGGAACUCCUUAUGGUAAGUACGAUAACGGUGACCUUUGUAAUUUAGGCAAGCGUUGGCGUGUAGCACAGAGGCUUACAGAUAUGUUUUGGAGUCGUUGGUUAAAAGAAUAUCUCCCAUCAUUAUUACCUAGGCAAAAAUGGAAUAGCGAGGCAAAAGCAUUAUCAGUAGGUGAUUAUGUAUUGGUAGUCGAUCCUCAAUUAGAACGCGGGUCAUGGAGGCAUGGCGUAGUGAGUGCGGCCCAUGCCGGCGAGGACGGCAGAGUGCGUUGCGUUGAUGUGCGAACGCGCACGGGCGUGUUAAAGCGUCCAGUUACUAGAUUAGCAUUGCUUGAGGUAUAGGUAUGGAGUGCUGAGGAGUCAGCACUAGGGGGCGGUGUUGACGAUGGAAUUUAAAAGCCUUCACAAUAUAUUUUGUAAUUUAACUUAACUAAAUUGUAGCACUGUAUUUUGUUUAUUUUCUUUGUAUUAAUGUUUAUUAUGUUAUAUUCUACAUCAUUUCAAUAACUACUAUUUGUUAUCUGUAAACUACUAACUUAUACCAAGGUAGAUGUAAAUAUAGUUGGUAGUUUUUGAAUAUUAAAAAUAAAGUGAAUUUGGAGGGUGGUCGGCUCUGGGCAGUCGAAUGUCGUCCGUCGAACGUACAGUGCGCACCCAUAUUGAAAAUACUGUGUUUCAUUUUGCUGCAUCGCCGCCAUCCUUUAUA